AGACCUGAAAGCACCCCUGCCCACAGAAGACAUCACUGAGCAAGUCGCCUCUGUGCCCUAAAGACACAAGGAGAGAAGGAGGCAUGAGCUGUGGCCAGAGUUGAGGGCCUGUGGCCAAUCCCCAAUCCUUGCACCCUCAAUCUCCCCGAGCCCGAGCCCUCCCCCAGCCUUCACCAUGUCUUUUGCCAUGCUGCGCUCGGCACCCCCCAGCCGAUACCUGUACCCCGAGAUCAGCAUGCUAUCGGAGGAUGAUGAGAAUGGCAGUGAGAGUUCAGGCUCCGACGAGAAGCCCUACCACCUGGAUACGGAUGGCUUUGGCCUCAAGGGUUCUAAGCGGCGUGCAGGAGGCAAGAAGGGGAGCAGUGGUGGGGGGCGUCUGAGCCGAGAGCCCAGGCAGAGACACACAGCCAAUGCCCGAGAGCGGGAUCGCACCAACAGUGUCAACACUGCCUUCACUGCCUUGCGCACCCUUAUCCCCACGGAGCCUGCAGACCGCAAACUGUCCAAGAUUGAAACGCUGAGGCUGGCAUCCAGCUACAUCUCCCACCUAGGCAACGUGCUGCUGGUGGGUGAGGCCUGUGGAGAUGGGCAGCCUUGCCAUUCCACACCAGCCUUCUAUCACCAUGCUGGCGGAGCUAGUCCCCCACCCCCACCUCCACCUCCUCGGGACAGCGAGAACUCCCAGCCCAAACAGAUCUGCACCUUCUGCCUCAGCAACCAGAGAAAGUUGAGUAAAGACCGGGACAGGAAGACUGCGAUCCGGAGUUAGGAGCCAAAGGUCAACUCAAGGAAGGGGGUGGGGAAGCAGAAGGAUGAGAAAUGACAACAAAUAGAGACAAAGAAAAAAAAGCUACACAUCAUACAUCUGCUCCCUGAUUCUGGACCCCCUGGGGACAUGGGCCUCAGUACUCAGAACUGUAUUAAGCUCACUGGGUAAGCCUCCCCCCUGUCACAGAGCAGACUCUGGGUUCUUGAGACCCUACUAAGAGCACUGUACAAAAAGGAAAAGACUCCUAUGUGGUGGACACUUGGCCUGAAUAAGGAAGACUGUGCCCUCUACCUCAGAAUGAGGCCAUCAGCCAAGUCGGCUGUGCCUGGGAGAGGAGGAAGGAAAAGAAGAUGGUGUGAGGAGGAGAGGACUGUCAGCAUCCACCCUCCCCACCAAGAGUUAAGUGUUCUCUCCCCAAAGACCCUAGCUGGCUUUCUGGUCACUGAAGAACUUUAAACUAUUCUGAAUUCUGA